AUGAUCGGCAAAGCCUUCGACGUUCCCCGGGUGGAGGCCAAGAAGUUGAUCAUCAGCAUCGGCUUUGGGGGCAGUCUCUCCACUUGGGCGAGCAAGGUCAUGAGGAGGAUUCCCGUGGUCGCGGAGGGCGGCUUGGUUGCCAAGGCUGUGAGCUGGCUGCGCCGCCUGGAGGACUCCAAGACUCUCCGUGAGUGUGAGGCCGUGCUCUCGCCCGAGGCUCGGCAGUGGCGCAAAGAGCGGAAUCUGGCCUCCAAGUGUUUCUCCGUCUACCAGGACGCGGAGAGGGCUCUGCUCGACCGCAUGCAGGCGGCUGCUGGAGCGAGACUGGUGUCCUUGGAGCACGACGGUGUGGCCGUCUACGCUGACGCGGCCGAGCGUGUGAGAGACGCCUGCGGGUCCACGCACGUGAAGACGACCCCCAUGCCCAAGUGGGAGGAGUUUGCCGCCGAGAACUUCGAUUGGAGCGUGGCAAGCGACCUGCACUUUCUCAAGUUUGCGGCGCUGAAGGAGAGGUGUCGGCGUCAUGUGCGAUCAUCCCGAGCGAGGCAGAACAACGCCGACUUUGCUAGGCUGGUGGUUGCCAACCUGAAGCCGGUGGCGCACGUGCCGGCCGAGUUCGGCGAGAAGAGGACGUGUUUAGAGCUCUUCGCCUCGACUGGCUUCUGGGAGACAAGACACAAGGACGACCUCGUCGUUGUUGUCAGCGACAUCCUGAAGAGGCUCAUGAGGCCGGGAUGCCGUCCCCCCGGAGCCGUUGAACGACCUGUCGUUUGCGAGCUCCAUUUGCAACGCCGUGAUGGCCGGCCUUGCUGGCGGGAACCGCCUGCCUGCCCUGACGGUGAUCGGGGCCGUGACAAGAUCCUCUUCAGCGACGGAGUGCUCCUCAACCUCCCUGACCUGAGCCAGCGCAAGGGCUACGUGGUCCCCCACCAACCCAGCGACAUCUUCGAUCAAGUGCUGGCGUUUUUGGAGACGAGGGCACAGGGAUUGGAGGACAACGAGCAGGGGCGGAAGGUGAUCGAAUCCUUCCAGCAGUUGGCUUCGGACGGAUGUGAGCUCGUGACGCUGCUCCGCCGGUACGGAUCCUACAACUGGGUUCUGUGGCUCCUCCGCUUCUUCACCAGGGCGGCAAGCGGUGUAGACCGACACUGCGAGUUCCUGCACCUUUUCGGCCCUGGCAGCAGUGGCAAGGACGUGCUCCUGCUGAUCCUGCUGCGCUUUUUGGGCCGCGAGGAUAACAACUACGGCGCGAUGCUGCCGGGGAGUUACGUCGCGGUCGGCGGUCAGAGCGACAAGAACGGACCGACUGAGAACAUUGCGCAGCUGGUGGACUUUCUGAAGGCGUACGCCGAGCAGGGCGGAGCUCCGAUUACUGGCAGGACGAAGGCUGGUCUCGCAGGGCUCGCAUCUUGUGACGACACGUUGAAGGCUCGCAUCGCCAAGGGCAUGUUCUCCCCGCAGCUGCUCUUCUUUGUGAAGGGCCUCUACACCUUGCUCGGACCAAAAUACAACCCGGGCAUGGAGCUGAUUCCCAAGCCGGCGGAGAUGAGGGAACUGGAGAUCGAGAUGGCCGCCCCCCCUGGCGACGACAACAAGCCAUCCGUGAACUCCUUCCUCGCAGCGAAGUGUGAGCGGGCGGCGACCCAGUCGCAUGCGACCCCCUUCAACGACCUUUUGAAGGCUGUGAAGCUUUUCCUGGGGCUUCAGGGGGGCAGCGAGGGUAGGGCCGCGUUGCACAGAGCAGGCAUCCGCUUGAAGGGCGUGGGCACCCGCAGGGUCGCAGUGGGCGCAUGGAGCAUCAAACAGGGUUGA